UAAAUUAAAAACUAAUUUUGACUUUGAGACUUUGACACCUCUCUAUUUUGAUAAGCUCAUAUACUUAUAAUUAUUAUUUAAUGCUUUAAUUUGUGUUUAAUCAACCAACAAAAACGAGCAAUAACUAAUUAAGAUAGGAAAUUAGUGAUAUAAAAAUGAAUUAGUAAUCAUCGUCAACAAUGGAACCAGUUCGUACAAGUACCCCAAAAUUGGGCGUUAAUAAAAUAAUCGGUCGUAAAUCAAUUCACGAUCCUCCAUGUCCAUCUCCUAUAAACACAAUGGAAAGCCCUUUCGAUUUAAAAAAUAAAGAAAAUGUAGAAUCGGAAAUUGAUGAAAAUGAAAGCGAUGAUGAACAACAAAAAGAAAUUGAGGAUGGAGAGGAAGAAAAUCUUUGUGAUGAAGAGGAAAGUGUGAAAUCUCCUUCUCGAAUGUCAGUGGAAAAAAAAUUAGAUGAAAAAGAGAUAAUUUAUAAACAUUUUUUCAAGAAUGUAAACAUAUCAGUAAUUGUGGGGGUUUUAAUUCUGAUAAUAAUUUUAGUUUUAUAUCCAAUUAACCAAGAAACUAAAAGAGAUGAUGGAAAAAUGGAAAUAACUAAUUUAAAAAGAUUUUAUCCACAUCAAAACCCAAAUUUAUGGUACUACAUAACAAGUAAUAUUAAAGAUGUGUUGCGAUAUAACAAACCAUCAGUAAUCUUAUUUUUAUACUUAAAAAAUCAAGAAAAAACAACAAACGAAUUAAUUUUAACAAUUUCUCGAAUUGCACAAAAAAAUCUGAAUGAAAACGCUUUAGAACCUUUAAUAAUAAACGGUUUAGAAUUGAAUACAAAUUCAUAUUUAAAAGAUUAUGGAUACUUAAUUGAAGAUUAUAAACCUAUUCUUGAAGAAAGAAAUGUUUUGGCUGUGAAAAAUUUAGAAUUGGUUUCAUCGAAUGUAUCGCAAGCUUUCCAUUAUUUAUGUGAUGAAUUUAAUCCAUUGGUUAGGAAGAGUUUUAUUGUUUUUACAGUGAAAGUUGAAAAAUUUAUUGGGAAGGAAUUUGAUCAAGCUGGAAUAGUUUUAAGAAAUGUUUGGAGAGAUCUAGAGGAUGAUAAAUUAGAAGCUCUUAUAACUAGGGUGACCAAUUUGGUUUUAAGAAUUAAUCCAGAAUAGAAAUAAAUUUUUUUAUAAUGUAAUAAAUUAUUGUAAAAAGGAGUUAAUAAAUUUAUUAAAACUA